UCCGGGUGACGUCAGAGGGAUGGGCAGGUCACGUGGUGUUCUGCGGGGGAAACCUGCGGUGUAACGUUACUGAAAUGGGAAAGAGGAAGACGAGGAGCAGGAGAAGAACAAGGUGAUUCCUCAGCAAAAUCUCUGUUCAUACCAGGUUUGCAUUCUGACCUGCAGGCCAAUGGACCAUCACUAUCCUCAUGUCCUAUGGAGGAGGCUUUCACGGACGCACUGAGCGUGACCGCCAGGCGCCCCACUAUGACCAGGUACCACACGGCUCCUUACCCCGAGAAGACUCCUUCAAUCUGCAGCCACUGAGAGAGCAGAGAGCCCCUCAUCUCGCUAAGAGCGCCGACCCCCUCCCGCCCCCACCUCUGCCAGAGCAGUCUCCUGUGGGGCCCGAGUUCGAUCCCAGCGGCAGCGAGGACAACAGUCACCCAGACCUCGACCCCGCCAUCGACAUCAAGCCAGUCCACCGCUUCGUCCCAGACUCCUGGAAGAACUUCUUCAGAGGAAGCAACGUGAGCAGUGACAAGUGGUCCAUGCCUGCAUCGUCAUAUAACAAUAACAAUAGCACCACUGGGGGGCAGCGCUGCUCACCCCCUCAGUCCCCCUCGGUUCCUGGGUCAUACCGGGAUCCCUAUGGGGGCUCAGGUGGUAGCUACAACUCCAGAAAGGAGCUUCUGGAAGUACCGGAUCCUCAGGAGUCUGUGUCAGGGCGCACCUACCGCACAGGUCUGACCUACAGCGAGCGAGUGGAGGAGUACCAUCAGCGCUACGACUACAUGAAGUCCUGGGCAGGACUGCUGAGGAUUCUCGGCUGUAUUGAGCUCCUGCUGGGAGCUGCUGUGUUUGCCUGCGUCUGUGCCUACAUCCACAAAGACAACGAAUGGUUCAACAUGUUUGGAUACUCGUCUCCUGGGGGAGCAUACGGAGGAGGUCUCAACGGAGCCGUCACAGGCGGGUCCUACUACUCAGGCCCCAAGACCCCAUUUGUGUUGGUGGUGGCAGGGCUGGCCUGGUUGAUGACUGUGAUUCUAUUAGUGCUGGGGAUGACCAUGUACUACCGCACCAUUCUGCUGGACUCCUCAUGGUGGCCCGUGACUGAGUUUACCAUGAACCUGGCUCUGGCAGUGCUCUACAUGGCAGCAGCCAUUGUCUAUGUACGUGACACAACUCGUGGAGGGCUCUGCUCCUACCCAAUCUUCAACAAUGGCAUCAAUGGUGCGUUCUGCAGAACAGAGGCUGGCCAGACUGCUGCCAUCAUCUUUCUGUUUGUCACAAUGGUUAUUUAUCUGAUUGGAGCCAUCGUGUGUCUCAAGCUGUGGAGACAUGAGGCUGCACGCAGGUACCGGGAGAGGAACGGCCUGGAGAUGGUGCCCUCUGAGAUGCGAGCUGCUCGCUCAUUGGUUGCCCCAGGUCCAGCUCAUGUUCUCAAAACUCCAGAACAGGCCCAAGAGUCAUCAGUCGUUCCCAUCCAGGCUGCUCCAAAGGUUACUCCAGCGCAGAUUUUACAGGGAGCUAUACCAUCAGGACACAUUCCAAAACCUGUUAUUGUGCCUGACUAUAUUGCUAAGUACCCAUCCAUACGGACAGACGAGGAGCGGGACCAGUACCGAGCUGUGUUCAACGACCAGUAUGCAGAGUACAAAGAGAUCCACGCAGACGUCCAGGCCACCCAAAAGAAGUUUGAUGAGAUGGACGCCAUGAUGCGCGGCCUGCCCCAGAACCCAACCAGCCAGAUGGAGGUUGAUCGUAUUUCCAGGAUCCUUCAGGAAUACCGGAGGAAGAAAAAUGAUCCAACGUUCCUGGAGAAGAAGGAGCGCUGCGAGUACCUGAAGAGCAAACUGUCUCACAUCAAGCAGAAGAUCCAAGAAUACGAUAAAGUCAUGGAGUGGAACGACAAACACCUGUGCGCCGCGGGGAGGGGGGGUGGGGUUUGUGGAAUGGGACCUGGGUGUGACUGUUUUGUUCGCUGCUGCAGUUUCAGUCGACAGGUGAGACGCACCGAGCAACAGAUUCUUUUAACAGGGCAGCACCCAGUAGAUCCAGCAGCAAUGUCCUCGGUGCCCAAUGGGAGUCCACCUCCCUACGAGGAAGAUGGAUUUACCGCCGCUCCGCAGACGGCCUAUUCUUACUAUCCAGAUGAUGAGUUCCAGCAUUUCUACCGCUGGACAUCUCCACCAGGCAUCCUCAAAAUCAUGGGCAUCAUAGUCAUCGUGAUGUGCGUCGGCAUAUUUGCUUGUGUAGCCUCCACUCUGGCUUGGGACACCCAGGGAGGCAUGGGAGGUAUGGGAGGUAUGGGAGGUAUGGGGGGUAUGGGGGGCUACGGGGGAGGUUAUGGCGGCGGCUCCUAUGGCGGCGGCUCCUAUGGAGGCGGCGGCUAUGGAGCUGGAAACAACUAUGGCUACGGUAACAUCGGAGGGAACUACAAUGACCCCCGAUCAGGCAAAGGGUUUAUCAUUGCCAUGGCAGCCAUCACCUUCAUCGCCGGCCUGGUCAUCUUCAUCAUCAUUGUGUCCCAUCAGAAACUAUCAGAGAGCAGGAAGUUCUACCUAGCAGUGAUGAUCAUCUGUGCCAUCCUAGCACUGCUAAUGCUAAUUGCGUCCAUAGUAUACUUGAUGGCAGUGAACCCCAUGGCGCAGUCCUCUGGGUCUGUCUAUUCCAGCCAGAUUGCUGGCCUGUGUGCCCAGUACCAACAACCACAGACUACAGGAAUGUUCGUCAACCAGUACCUCUACCACUACUGUGUGGUGGAGCCACAAGAGGCCAUCGCCGUGGUGUUUGGCUUCCUGGUCACCGUCGCUCUGAUCGUCAUGCUCGUCUUUGCUCUGAAGACUCGCCAGAAAAUCGGAAACUAUGGCAAGAGCAACAUUCUGUGGAGGAAAGUGAAGAUCGUCGACGAGAUGGCGCCACCUCAGGAUGUGGAGGCAUGGGUGAACAAUGUGUCCAGUCCCCCUGAAGAGCUCCCGAUCUCAGAUUACCCUAACAAGCUGAGAGGCUCCAGGAGCCACCUGGAUGACGAGAGCACAAACUACGACAAACCUCCCUACAACUACUCGCCACAGCCUCAUGUGGAAAACCACGCGCUGUUGCAGAACGGGGCUCCCUACAGCAGUAACUCAGAGGUGGCCAGCUCGGCUGGACGGCACAAGAAGAGGCGUGCAGGUCGCCCUCGCCGCGCCGAUGGACAGGACUAUGAAACCGACUAUAACUCCUCAGGGGACGAGCUGGACGACAACGACUUUGACAGUGAAUUCUCUCCGAUAACAAACGAGAAGGAGCGCAACGACUGCAAGCAUGAAUUCGACCGCGAACACCAGGAGUACAAGGACCUGCAGGCGGAGCUGGACGCCAUCAAUAAGAGUCUGUCCGAGGUGGACAGAGAGCUGGACGAGCUGGAGGAGGGGAGCCCACAGUACCUGGAUGCCUUGGAUGAGUACAACAGGAUAAAGAACACCAAAAAGUCUGCAGAUUAUCAGGUGAAGAAGCGCAGGUGUAAAUAUCUGAAGUCCAAACUGAACCACCUCAAGAAGAAGGUCAGUGAUUAUGACCGCAGGGCCUGAACAAAAUCGGUGGGGACAACACCCCCCUCUGAGACGGGACAGAUUGGUAGACCGUAGCAGACUGCAGAGGACGGAGCUGCUGCAUCAAACGUGGAAGCUUCUUAAGUGUGUUUGAGCUGAUUGCUGUGGAAACUCUGCAGAGGUUGUUUUUUACUUUGGAAGGACAGAGCAUUAUUCCGUCUGGUAUUUUGCCGCUGUUUGUAUUAUGAUCAUCUGGUGACAUAGGUACUGUUUUCUGUAUUUAUUUUACUCAAUGUGAUCUCAACAUAGUAGUCUAGUAGAGGAGUGAGGCUAUAUGCAGAUCCCUGUUUGAUUUUUAACAAGCUCUUUUAAUCCUCAUUUUUAAUUCACUCAUUUUUGUUAUCAGCAACAUAAACAUGUACAUAUUUGGGAAACACUUGUGUUUUUAAUGUUUCUAGCAGUUUAUGGAAGUAAGUUCACAUGUGUUCAAUGUGUUUCAGACACAUGAUGAUAUUGCAGGUUUGAUGCAUACUGAUGUACUUGGACAAUCAUUUGUGAUGUUUUCUACUUGAAUAAAUUCAAUUAACAAACA